CUAGCUCCGAUUACUUGCAAGCUUGUUUGCUGUUGCCGGCUUAUAACAUCACCCAUCAGCACCACUCGACAGCAUCAUGGAAUAGCCCAUCGGCUACGGCGCCAGCAGUGCCGUAUAUCCGUGUCCGAUGCCCCACGGGGAUCAGCCAGAUAGCAUCCGAUGGACUCUGAGGUCACUGUCUCCCUGGUACCGACGUGCCUCAUCAGCAUCCGACUCUCCGCGCCACGCAUCUCAGCAAUGACAUCGUUCAAAACAAGCUAUCUGUAGUCUCUAGCUUUAGUAGAUAAAAGACCUGGAGAGCCCUGGCCGCUGCUAACUCCCCAUCACUUCACCUCCCACCUCAACCCAUCAUCCAAUCCUCCAAUUCAUCUACAUUAUACACCACAAAAUGUCCCCCACAAAGAAAGACUUUCACGUCGCCAUCAUCGGCGGCGGCAUAGCAGGCAUCACACUAGCUAUCGCACUCCACCACCGCAACAUCCCCGUAACCAUCUACGAGCAAGCGCACGAAUUCGGCGAAGUAGGCGCCGGCGUCUCCUUCAGCCCCAACGCCGUCCAAGCCAUGAAAUACUGCCACGAUGGCAUCUACAACGCCUUUGAGAAAGUCUGCACGCGGAACCUCUGGCCCACCAAGCAAAAGGUCUGGUUCGACUAUCUGGACGGAUACAACAGCAAGAACACAAGCCAAGAAGAAAACGGCCACCAAAAAAUUGAAUUCACCAUCUCCAACAGCCUCGGCCAGAACGGCGUUCACCGCGCGCAUUUCCUUGACGAAAUGAUCAAGCUCGUCCCCAAGGAGAUCUCUCGCUUUAACAAGCACCUGGAUGAUAUUCACGAGCGAAUUAGCGAUGGCAAGCUUAUCAUGAAGUUUGCCGAUGGAUCCGAGGAUGAAGCUGAUUUGGUCAUCGGAUGUGAUGGAAUCAAGUCCCAGGUGCGCCAGAUUAUCGUCGGUGCGGACCAUCCUUCUGCGAAGCCGUCGUAUACUCACAAGUAUGCGUACCGGGGUCUCGUGCCGAUGGAUAAGGCGGUUGAGGCGAUUGGGGAGGAAUUGGCUUCGAAUUCUUGCAUGCAUAUGGGCCCCGGUGGCCACAUGCUCACCUUCCCCGUGAACGCCGGCAAAACACUCAACAUCGUCGCCUUCCACACCACCACCGACGAAUGGGUUGAGUACCCCAGACUCACCCGCCAGGGUACCCGCGAUGAAGUCCUCCGUGACUUUGCCGGCUAUGGACCCAACGUGACCAACUUGCUCAAGUUGACUGAUCCUCAACUCAGCGUGUGGGCCAUCUUCGACCUAGGCGACCACCCGGUCCCAACAUUCUACAAAGGCCGCGUCGGCAUCUCCGGCGACGCCGCGCACGCUACCUCACCGCACCACGGCGCCGGCGCCGGCUUCUGUAUCGAGGAUACAGCCGUGCUGGCGGCACUGCUGGAAGACGAGCGCGUGCAGACGCACAAGGAUCUUCAGGCAGUGUUGGCGGCGUUUGAUGAGAACCGACGCGAGCGGUCUCAGUGGCUGGUGCAGAGUAGUCGUUUCAUUGGCGAUUGCUAUGAGUGGAGGGCUGAUGGGGUAGGAAGUGAUUUCAAGAAGAUUGAGGAGGCGAUUAACUAUCGGAAUGGGAUUAUUGCCAAUGUGGAUGUUGGCAAGAUGUGUGAGGAGGCGAGGGGGGCGUUGGGGAAGAGGAUUGAGAAGGCUUCGUUGUGAGUAUGACUACUAGUAGGCUUUUGAAAGGAGGGUUUGUACGAUGAUAGAGGGUUUGUUUGUGUUAUUCAUGGGUUCUAGCGAGACAUAUUGUUUGUUUAGCAUGUGUUUGUUGGAUAGAUUAAUUCAUUCUUAGCAUAUUAUCCUGAGACCUUUGGUUGUUCAGCGGUACUACACUGAAUUCUCAUUGAUAAUGGUCCUAGGAGAUUAU